UUGUUAGAUCUUGGUCUUAACUCUAACACAUUUUCUCUCUCCAUCUAAUAUAAUCAACACCUUUAUGGUCUGUUAUUUCUAUGGCUAGGAUGAACUUCAUUUUCGACCAUUUCCCCUCUGUCACUGUAUCCAUUUAAAAAGUUGAAUUACGUAGAUAGCGAGCCUUCCUGCCGCCGUCAAACCUGCGAGCAAACCGAUUAGUAUAUAAAUAGUUCAGCCCCAUUUCACGUAUUGCUUCUAUUCUCGCUUUGUGUGCCGCUCUUUUUCCUCUAGCAACCAGAAAUCUGCAGUUUGUGUGUGCGUCUGUCCGUCUGUUUCUCUCCCCUCCCCCUUGCGCUUUUGCUAAAUGAGCCUGUUCGGCUUGUGUAAAACUAACCUUUAGGAUCCCUGCGUAUGAAAGAAGAAAUGUGACACGACUGCUCGGCUUGCAGCUUGCUAGGGCAGCGGGAAGGCGUGGUCGCCGACUACUCUUGUUACAGGGGAUUAUUGCUUCCCUUUGGGACUCGGAGGUAAUUUGCAACUGUAGUCUGGGGAAAGUAAUGUCUGUUUCCAUGUCAGGGGGAGAACGCUAACUUAAAAUGGUAUGGCCUCACAAGUCUUGGUAUAUCCACCAUAUGUUUAUCAAACUCAGUCAAGUGCCUUUUGUAGUGUGAAGAAACUCAAAGUGGAGCCAAGUAGUUGUGUGUACCGUGAAAGAUCCUACCCACAGAUCUAUGUGAAUGGUAAAAAUUUUGGAAUCGUUCAACCUCCCAGCAGGGUUGGUACUUUCUUGCAGGCUACAAACCUAUUUGACAGACCUCAAAGAGAGACUUUUUUGUUGCAGACCAGUGCUGUUGCUUUAAAAAAUAUUGCAGGUGCUACAAAAAUAUUAGCGGUGCAGGCACAACAACCUCAAGUGGAAGCACCUUGGCCUGAAACACAAGAAGGUGAGUUAAACGUCUUGGACCGCCCCCAGCGAUGUGGACUGAAGCGUAAGAGUGAAGAGUUGGAGAAUCAAAGUGGCGCAAUGCAGAUUGUGGAUGAACUGCCUAUAUUGCCUGCAAUGUUGCAAACAAACUUGGGAAACCCAGUGACAGUUGUGACAACUACUGCAACUUCAAAACCAACUGGUACCAAUGGUGAUGGAGAUUAUCAGUUAGUGCAUCAUGAGGUGUUAUGUUCUGUGAAAAAUACUUAUGAGGUUCUCGAUUUCCUUGGGCGAGGGACUUUUGGACAAGUAGUAAAGUGCUGGAAAAGAGGGACAAAUGAGAUUGUGGCAAUCAAAAUUCUGAAGAACCAUCCGUCUUACGCACGUCAAGGACAAAUAGAAGUGAGCAUAUUAGCAAGACUCAGUACAGAGAAUGCUGAUGAAUUUAAUUUUGUGAAAGCUUAUGAGUGCUUUCAGCAUCGCAACCACACUUGCUUAGUUUUUGAGAUGUUGGAACAGAAUUUAUAUGACUUUCUGAAACAAAACAAAUUUAGUCCUCUUCAACUAAAAGUAAUACGGCCUAUUCUGCAACAAGUGGCCACUGCACUGAAAAAACUAAAAAGUCUUGGUUUAAUACACGCUGACCUCAAACCAGAAAAUAUUAUGUUGGUGGAUCCUGUCCGGCAACCUUACAGAGUUAAGGUAAUCGACUUUGGAUCUGCUAGCCAUGUAUCAAAAACCGUCUGUUCAACGUAUCUGCAGUCUCGAUACUACAGAGCACCAGAAAUCAUAUUGGGUUUGCCUUUUUGUGAAGCCAUAGAUAUGUGGUCACUGGGCUGUGUGAUUGCUGAACUAUUCCUUGGAUGGCCAUUGUAUCCAGGAGCCCUCGAGUAUGAUCAGAUUCGUUACAUCUCACAAACCCAAGGAUUGCCUGCAGAGCAGUUGUUGAACCUUGGAACUAAGACCACACGAUUUUUCUGUAAAGAAACAGAUGCACUAUAUUCUGGUUGGAGACUAAAGACACUGGAAGAACAUGAAGGGGAGACAGGGAUGAAAUCUAAAGAGGCCCGGAAGUACAUAUUUAACAGUUUGGAUGAUAUAGUGCAUGUGAACAUGGUAAUGGAUUUGGAAGGAAGUGACUUGCUGGCGGAGAAAGCAGACAGAAGAGAAUUUGUCAGCCUGUUGAAGAAAAUGCUAUUGAUAGAUGCUAAUCUGAGAAUCACUCCAGUUGACACACUGAACCAUCCUUUUGUUACCAUGAAGCAUCUCCUCGAUUUUCCUCAUAGCAGCCAAGUGAAAUCCUGUUUUCAUAUCAUGGACAUUUGCAAGUAUCGAUCAAAUUCAUACGAUGCAAAUAAUUGCAAUAAAACAACUGCUCUGAGACCAGUUGCUUCCAGUGCACCAGGUCUGACAACUAAUUUUGCCAAGAUUGGCGCAUUACGAAGUCAGACAUUAGCUGCAUCUGCCCAUUCAGUCAUGCACCAUGGAAUACCACUACCAGCAGGAACUGCUCAGUUUGGAUGCAAUGAUGCUUUUCAUCAAACACUGAUUAUUUGCCCCCCUGCUAUCCAAGGAAUUCCCGCUAACCAUGGGAAACCCAAUGGAUAUUCUGUAAGAGUAGAUAAUGCGGUACCAUUGGUAACACAGGCCCCAACCAUACAGCCACUCCAGAUAAGAGGAAUCCUUUCUCAGACCUGGUCUAAUAGAACUCAGCAAAUUUUGCUUCCUACAUGGCAACAAGUAACCCCUCUGGCUUCUGCUACAACACUAGCUUCUGAUUCUAUAGCUGGCCCACAGAGGCUUGGAGACUGGGGGAAGAUGAUUCCCCACGGCAACCAUUACAACUCAAUGAUGACCCAGUCUCUCCUGACCAAUCAGAUAACUUUGUCUGCUCCUCAGCCAAUCAGUGUGGGCAUUGCACAUGUGGUCUGGCCUCAGCCCACGCCUGCCAAGAGAAAUAAAGCAUGCCAGAACAGGAGUAAUGUGUUACAAAAUACCAAUAUCCAAAAUUCAGCAUUUGUGUCUCCAAAGAUAAUAAAUGUGAAGCCUGGUGAGAAACUAAGUUGUGUAGAAACACAGGACAAUCAUAACUCAGAGGGGCAGGAGAACCACUGUUGCAAACCAUCUGUCAGGCAGGAUCCUGAUUCGUCUGUUUCAAGCAAACAACGCCAGGCUAUCAUCAUUGCAGAUUCCCCAAGCCCAGCAGUCAGUGUGAUUACCAUCAGCAGUGACACAGAUGAAGAAGAUGUGGCACAAAGGCAUUCAGCUGCAGAAUGUAAAGGUAGCCUGGAUUGUGAAGCUUGCCAGAAUACUCUAAAUAUUGACCGUGUAUGUUCAUUAAGUAGUCCUGACAGCACUUUGAGUACUAGCUCUUCUGGACAGUCCAGUCCAUCCCCUUGUAAAAGACCCAACAGUAUGUCAGAUGAUGAACAAGAAAGUGGUUGUGACACUGUGGAUGGUUCUCCCAGUUCUGACUCUUCAGGCCAUGACAGCCCAUUCCUAGAGAAUAGUUUUACAGAAAACACCAGUGAAAACCCAGAAAACAGAACUUCUGCUAACUUGGAAGCCAAACCAGCUGUUUGCACUGUGAUGGUGCCACCCAUAAGGAUAGAGAACAGGUUGAAUGUAGAUGAGCAAAUGACAAACACAGUUACCACCUGCCCACCCUUGGUAAAACGUCGAUUUGCUCGUGUAAAAACCAAUCAUCCUUCUGGCUUGGGUAAUCGUCAACGAAAAUUGUCAUCAGCAUUCCAUCAGCAGCACUCAAACCUCAGUCAGGUUCAGCACUUUGGAUCUGGGUCUCAGGAGUGGAAUGGAAACUGUGGUCAUUGGAGGCAGCAGACGUACAUCCCCACUAAUGUUGCCAGUCACGCAUUCUCCCUUCAGCACGGAAGUCCCACUCAUACCUCAGUUCAUGCGCACCUGGCUGGAAGCACGCAUCUUGGAGGACAGCCUGCUAUUCUACCUUAUCCAGCCUCUGGACCGCUUAGUACUGCUGCUCCUGUUGCCCACAUCCUAGCAUCUCCAUGUACCUCAAGACCAAUAUUACAGCAUCCCACUUACAGUAUCUGUCAUCAUGGUGGUAUAGUGCACCAAGUCCCAGUGGGCAUAAAUCCCCGUUUGCUGCCUUCCCCAACUAUCCAUCAGACUCAGUACAAACCAAUUUUCCCACCGCAUUCUUACAUUGCAUCACCCGCUUUCACCGGAUUUCCAUUGAGUCCAACAAAACUCAGCCAGUAUCCAUUUAUGUGAGACUCAAGUUACAGUGUGCUGGGAAGCUCAGUGAUAUAUACAUCAGAUUUGAGAGGAAAACAUGGUAUUUAAUAAAUAUUAGCCAUGGCACAACAAGAAAAUUAUUUUUUUUAAUCAUGUUAGACUUGGGUGCAAUUUAAACAACCUUGAGCUUUAACUCACUUUUAAUGUGUUUUUGCACAUUUGGUAUAAAUUUGUCUUUAGUCAUGUUAUCUUCUUAUAGAGUAACUCCAGACAGGUGACUUACGGGAGUAGAAAUCCAGUUUUGCUCCUCCUAUUUUUUAUAAAAUUGCCUUCUAACUUAGUGAGAGACACGUCUACGUUUGGGAAGCCAUUGAGUGUACAGAUUUAGAGCAACAGAUGCACAUGUGUCAUCAGUAUCAUGUAUGAGUAACUUGUUUGUAUUACGUAUCUUGAUGUUCAGUGUCGAGUCACUUAUCUAAAAAGGUUGAGCUGUUCUUCACAUUGCAUGUGUCCUUUGCAUGGGCAAAAAUAAAGUUGCCUAGAAAUUUGCUCUUAAUGUUGGUGUCCUAAUAAUCUCAGCUGCAUUGUAAACUGUUCCCACACAUAGUGCCUUAAAUAUUUGAGGUUGUUAAUGUUACUAUAUUAUAAAUGUUGAGGACUGCAGCACUUAACAUUCAGAUUUGCUGAUUAUUUGAUAGAGUAAUGUGCACUCACUUUCUUUUCUUUUUUUAGUUGUGUGUGGUAUGAUUUUAGUACUGGGUGUGAUUUCUUUACCUAGAGGGCAGCAUGUUUUGCUGUAGCUGAAUUCUGCUGUCUGAUAUAUUUCCCCCAGAAUGAUCAGCUUCAAGAAAAGCAUUUUGUAGUGCUUAGGAAAAGCUGGUUCAGUAGCUGUUGAAUUUUUAAAAAAUCACUUUUAUCUGUUCCAUGAAACUACAGUACAAUCUAAGUAGUUUAUUUUCAAAGUGUUUAUGUCCAACUGGAUAUAAUAACCUGUUUAGAGGUGCAUAGGCAUGAUGUGGCUAGAUUAUGAAAGAAAAAACUAAAUGCUCAUUGAUCCAUGCUGUGGUUUCAUCUUAGCUUGAGCAAACCAUGCAGUAUUUAAUAAAUAGUAGUGGAAUAUUUACUAUUGAAGCUUGAAAAGAUGUGAGUACUUUGUGUGCAAUUUUUCAUUUAUGCAUGGGAGAGAUUUUAGCCUUUUUACAUUAUAGUAUUUGUUCUAGCCUUUUGGGGGUAUUUUCUUAUUGAAUACAUUCCGUCAGGGACAACAAAUUACAUGCAUUUUUCCCUAGGAAGUGCAUAUUUUCUGUGUUUUUUGUUCUUGUUCAAAUAAAUUUGCUUUUGCAGCACCAAAGACUUAAUCAUCCAUUUCCUAUAAAAGGUAGCUACUUUUUCCAUAGACCUCAAGUAUAUUGUAGUGUUAGGGAUGGGUUUAAAGGAAGGUAUUAAAGUGAGGCUGUGAUCUAGCUUAUGAGGCAAGUAAUAAAUUGUAUCAUUUAUCUUGAAUGUAUCAUAGAUAAGCUGCUAUAUAAUGAUUGCCACUUCGAAUAGCUGUGAAAUUAGGUGAUUUAUCUAGCUCUUAGCCUUCUAAUUUCUGUAUAAGUCUAGUUACAUGAAAUGGAAGUAGGGGAUUGAUUUUUGUUUUGUUUGCUUUCAUAUUUGGAGUGUUGUAACUACUAUAUUGUAAAUGAUGGAAGUCAAUUGCAUAUGUUAUUUUGGGGUGUGUUAUUUGCUUCAGUAUUUUAUCUCCAUUAACUAUCAUUGCAUAUAAGUGGAUGUAUCCAUGUAAUUUAAUUUUUAUGUGUUCAUAUUGACAUUGUGCAGACACUUAAACUACUUAAACUUUUUAAAAUAAGCAUUUCUGGAAUACAGUUCUUGCAACAUAGACUGGAAUAGGACUGCAAAGUGUUUCUCUAAAGCACAAUCCUAAGCCUGUUUACUUAAAAGUAAAUCCCACUGAGUUUGGUGGGGCUUCCUUCUAGGAAAGUGUGCAUAGGAUUGCAGGCUAAGAGCUGAUAGUUUUUCUUUGCUCCAUUAACACAAGCAGUGUUUUAUUUAAUGAAUGUCUAAGUGAAAUAAAUGUGCCUGCAUUUGAUUUACUUGUUAAGGACUGAAAUACAGUAUUAAUUAAUAAAAACCAAAACCAGCAGUACAUUAAUAUGGCUGAACAUGAAACCUUAACCCUUUCCCACAACUCUUGGGCCACAGAGGGCCACAGCUGCAUGGCCAGUGGGGCACGGUUUGAUUUCCUGUUUCAAAAGCAACCCUUGUCCUAUGCAGCAAGGUUUAAAAAACAGUUUGUGAUGCGACACGAGAGGGCUGCUGUUCAUAUAAAGAGGAAAUGGUCCUACUGGACACACAGGAGCCCUUGGGCAUAUUUAAGAAAUGUUCUGGAUUGCAGCUUCAGUGGUUUUUCAUAAAUAGUUUUAUGCAUUUUGUAUAAAUACAAACAUGUAUGUAUAUAUCUCUUAAAAACAACAAUAACCUGAUUAAAUUGGAAAAAAAUCCAUAUUCGGAACUUUACACAGAUGAAAUCAAGAAAGUAAUCACCUAAAAUGGUUGAGUUCCUUAAUAUUAAUGGUUCAGCAAAUUCCUGUUUUCUGUUAACUUCUUGGUGGUGAAAAUGGCAUUUCUUGGUGCUACCUCCAUUGCUGGCAUUGGACUCACCAGGAACAAGCAUGCCAGAAGUUAGCUUACUUUUCUAUAAGGUAACAACAACAUGGUUUCUCUAUUUACUUGGACCUUCCUUUCUCAAGUAUUUACUGUACUUUUAAACUGUGUUUAGGAUACAAAGCUAAUGCCCUUGGCAUAUGAUGCCAGGUUAAACAUGAAACCUCAUCUAUCAACCUAGUGUGGCUCCUAACAUAUUGUAAAAGAGUCUAUCUUUUUUACUUUUCUUGCCACAACCAGCACUGAGCAUAAUGUGCUACUCCUACAGCCAGUUCUGUGACGAUCAUUGCCAUGGAGAAUCUAGACGUUUUGCCCUCUCCAGGCUAUAUGCCACCAUUUCACUCGAAACCAGUUAUCUUUAUUCUGGUUUACUGUGGAAUAACUUGGCUUGGAGGUUGAGGCUUUGAAGAAUUAAGGGUAUGUGCACACAGAACAAGGUAUGGCAAAGAUGUAAAUCUGUGGUCAAAAUAAUCCCAUACACACACACACACACACACACACACACACACAAAUUGUUCUAUUGCCUUUUAAAUAAAACACUGCACAAUAACAAAUUGCGUAAUAUUUUUAAUUUGGGAAUUAAUUUUUAUACCAAUUCCUUGCAUUCAGUUUCUAACUUUAAUUCAGGGUUUGUUAUUGAUCAAAUAUACUACUGUAUGAACUAAUUGUUUUGUUUAAAAUUUUUAAAUAUUCUGUAUUUACUGCUAAUUUUAACUUGGUUUGUGUUAAGUAAAAGCUAAAAUCACACUGCAAGCUAUAGAAAGAUUUGUUUUAGAACUAAUGAUAUAGAUUUGGUUAUUAAGUUUGAACUGUUACAGUUUAACAAUUAUUUGUAGACUUGUGGCUUUUUUGUUAUUGAUUUCUGUGCUACACUAGUUUGCCAUGUAGCAAUUGCACUGUGCAAUAUUACAAUAAGAGGACUGGGAAAAUUUUUAUGGAUGUAAUGUUUCCUACAGUUUGCGAUAGUAUUUCUCUCUAGUUCUCAGUGAUUUAAAUGUGACCAAGCCUUCUGUACUUUGUCACAAAAAGCGGGUUUUCCAGGUGACUAUUUUGGUGAGUGUCAAAAUAAGAAUUUAUGGUGUAUUACUGUCGAGAUUCACUUUGAAUUAAAAUAUAUAUUGCAGCAAA